ACAUCUUUUUUUUCAAAUCUUUUCCAGGGUGACAGUCUGAUUAUAGAAUGUACCUACGAUUCGACGCACAAGGAACACGUUACGUUUGGUGGACUCGAUAUAAAGGAUGAAUUGUGCCUGGCCGGUUUCCAAUACUACCCAAAGUUCAACCUGACUGACUGUGUGAGUACCCCAAGUCUCUAUACCACGUCCGGCUUCGCUGGAAUCCAGGAUGCUGACUUUGACUAUGACACUUUGGAAUUGAACAUCACUGCGCCAGCAGCCAUGGUAGGCAUGACUUACGAGGAUGCCAUCAAAGCUGUCCCGUGGACAGAGGAGAAAGCACAAACCUUCUCUGACAUGCUGCUGAAUGGGAUCUUCCACACCCGCUGCCUGGCCAAUCCCGAGUCUGCCGUUGAUAUUCGCCUUUUUGACGAAGAUCUGCCCUUACCACGCGGACUCAGAGUGACUCCCGAGGACGUAUGCAGCGGGAGGACUGCACAGGAAACUACUCCGGCAAACCCUGGUCCUACCGUGGAGGAUUGGGCGGGCUCCGGCGCCUGGCGCCCUGGUGUGUAUGCAGUUCCAGUGAUGGCCACUUGCCUGGCGCUGAUCUAUAGUGUAGUGACGCCGUAGUAUAAAGAACGCCAUCUAUUUAGAAACGAGGUAAACCUGAAACAAUCUGGAUCCAUUAUUGCAUAAGCAUUUUUUACUACCGUUAUCGCUAUUGUAUUUUGAAUCUUAACUACAUUAUCAUCUUAACCUCAGCGUAUCCACAUGUUCCCUUCAGAUAAAUCGUGCAUGAGUUUUGAAAAUAUCAAAACUUUUUGCUUUUUUUCUGAUUAAGUAUGUGUUUAAAAACCAGACUGCUUUGGUCAAAUGGUAUAGCUUUUGUUUAUGUAAAUUGGAGUGACUACAAAGUUAUCAUUAUCAUACUAAUUAUGGAAGUAUUAAGGAACAAAGCUUGGUUGUGUAGCACUUCCUGACAAUAUGUUAAUUAUGCCUCAUUGUGCAUGGUUAUACCGUAUCGUGUUCAUCCUUACUUAGCUUUAAGUGGCACACUUAAAUUCCCAUCGUUUCCAUAUAGACUUAUUGUUAGUAUAUUACCAUUAACAAUGCAUGUUAAAUCUCUUGCUUGAUUUUUUUGCUAACAACGAAUGGAACUAUCCAUUAUUAGAUGACGUAAGAUAAAAAUACGAAAUAACCUUGAUUUAA